AUGUGGGAAGGAUUAUGUGGGGGGGGGUGGGAGUGGGUGGGGUGGUGUUGGGGGGGUGGGGUGGGGUGGGGGGGGGUGAUUGGGGGUGGUGGGGUGGGUGUGGGGUUAGGGGUGGGGGAGUGGGGUUGGGGGGAGGGUUGGUGUGUGGGAGGGGGUUGGUGGGAUGGGGGGGGGUGUGGGGGGGGUGAGUGUUUGGGGUGGGGUGGGUGGUGGGAGAGGGGGGGGGUGGGGGGAGGGGGGGGAUGGUGGGGGGGGUUGGGUGGGGUGGAUGGGUGGGGUGGGGGUUGGGGUGGGUGGGUGGUUGGGGAGGGGGGGUGGGGGGAGGGAGGGGGGUGGGGGGGGGGUUGGGGGGUAGGGUGGGGGGGGUGGGGUAGUGGGAGUGUGGGGGGGGUUGGUGGGGUGGGGGGUGGGGGGGGGGGUGGGGGGGUGGGGAGGGGGUGGGUUGGUGGUGUGUGGGGGGGGUGGGGGGUGGGGUGGGGUGGUGGGUUGGUGGGUGGGGGGGUGGGUGAUGAGUGGUGGGGGGGGGGUGGUGGGGGGUGUGGUGGGGUUGUGGGGGGGGGGGGGGGUGGGUUGGGGGUGGGUUGGGGGGGGUGGGGGAUGGGUGGGGGUUGGGUGGGGUGGUGGGGAGGGUGUUGUGGGGGUGGUAGGGGUUGGGGUGGGGGGGGGUGGGUGGUGGAUGUGGUUGUAGGAGUUGUGGGUAGGGUGUGGGGUUAUGGGUGGGAGUGGGGGUGUGGUGGGGUUGGGUGUUGGGGGGGGGGGGGGUUAGGGGUGGGGGGUUGGGGGGGGGUAGGUGUGGGGUGUUGGGGGUGUGUGGGGGGUGGGGUGUGGAGGGGGGGGGGUGGGUGGGUUUGGGUGGGAGUGGGGUGUGGUGUGGGUUGGGGGGGGGGGGUUGGGUGUGGGUGGUGUGGGGGUGGUGGGGAGGGGGGGGUGGGGGUGGGUGGGGGUGGGGGGGGGGGGGUGGUGUGGUGUGGGGGGGUGGUGUGGGGGGUGUGGGGGGUGUGGGGUGGGGUGUGGGUGGUUGGGGGGUGGGGGUUGGUGUGGGGGGGUUUGGGGGGGUGUGGGGGGUGGGGGGGGUGGGGUGUGGGGGGGUGGGGGUAG